AUGGCUUCGGGGCGAGCUGCCGCGCAGGUGGAGACGGCUCAAGGAGGAACGGCGCAAGGAGGGACGGCGCAAGGAGGGACGGCGCAAGGGGGGACGGCGCAAGGGGGGACGGCGCAAGGGGGGACGGCGCAAGGGGGGACGGCGCAAGGGGGGACGGCGCCAGGGGGAACGGCGGCGGCGGGGGCGGCGAGGAGACAUCGACGAUUCGGGAGCUGGGAUCUCACUGUCAGGUCCGCAGCCGCCGCCGCCGCUGACGAAACUCGCCCCUCGGAACAAGCGCCAGCGGCUCGACACGUGGUAGUUUUUGAGAGGUCGGCUGUAGCGCCAGAGGCGGGUGUGCGGGGAGGAUCGAACAGCUGUUCACGGCCGCCAUCGGCGCCAGCAUCGCCAGGACACGUGGCAGCGUCUGGUUCUGAGGCGUCUCAAAAACAGUCGGCGCCAGCAUCCAUGGGACGCGUGGCAGCAGCAGCGUUUGGAGGAGCUGUGGAUGCCGCGGCGCGGUCAACGGCAGGUUCUGCAGCAGCUGCUGAAGUUUCUGAGCUUUCUGUGGUGUCUGCUGCUUCUGCAGUUGCUGAAAUGAAUGCUGUUUUCGCUGCUUCUUCGGCUCCUGCCGUUUCUGCUGCGUCAGCUGCGGAUGGGAGCGCACAGGAACUGAUGGCACCGCAGCAGCAGCAGCAGCAGCAGCAGCAGCAGCCUAGUCGCCGGCAGGACCUUCGGAGCCGAAUCAUGUCAUCCGUGGUCAACGCUAUAACCAUGCAACGCGGCCGUCCCCAGCCCCACCAGCUGCCGCCUAACCCGCUCCCGCCGUCCUCCUCUCUCCCCGGCGCGAGCGGGCUCCCUCCCUCUUCCUCUCUCCCGCCGUCCUCCUCUCUCUCCAGCAGCGGGAGGCUUGCCGGCCGCGCCGGCGCUGCUGCUGCUGCUGCCGGCUGGCCGGCUGUAGCAAACGGUUGUAGCAAGGGCCGCGCCCUGCCGCCGCCUUCGUCACCGCCACCGCUGCCAACCCCUCCCCCGCCUCCCCCGCCACUUCCCCCGCCACCUCCGCCGCGGCCGCCGCCGCCGCCGCUGCCGCUGUAUCAGAGGCACAGGCCGGCAAGUUUGGACCUGGAACGUCUGGGGAUCAGCACGGGGGGCGAGUUGGUGCUGAAAUCCCCAGGAGAGGAGGAAAAGAGGAGGGAAGGGAGGAGGGGAGAGGAGGAAAAGGGGAGGGAUGUGGAGGAGACGGGGGAAAGGAGAGGUGCUCAGAGGCAGAGGCAGGAGCAGAGACAGUGCCCACGGGAAGCACUGAAAGAAAUGCGAGGCGCCCGAUUGGAGAGGUUGAGGGAUUGCGACGCAACUGGGGAACCAGUGGGCCCACGCAGCCCGAUCCUCCAGAGGGGGAGGCUCGGGAACGCGAACCUGAGGGUCGGGGAGGUUCGGCGGACUGGCAGCAUGGAUUUUAAUAUUUACAAUCUGACAACCCCGAGGAGGAGAAAGGUUGAUGUGGAUUAUGAAGAUUUUAGUGAGGAGGGUAAUUGGGAGGAGAGGGAGAAGGAAAGGGAGGGAGAGAUGGAGGAGGAUGGGAAGGAGGAGAGGGAGGAGGACGGGUUUGAAGGCGAGAGGGUUGACAAUCAAGGCUGGCUGAUUUCUGAGAAAUCUCAGGAAUCGGCUGAUGAUGGAGAGGCAGCAGAAAGGGUAGCAGUGACAGUGAUUGUGUGUGACGGAGGGGAGGAGGAGGAGAGGGAACCAGAUGAUGUGUACGAGGAUUGCAAAUCGGAGGUUCAAUCAGUGAAUGAGAACGCAGGGAGUGCAGCCGAGAAAGGGAAGGUGCCAAGGCAGGGGAUUCUUCAGGUGGAUAUUCAGGUGCCAGGAGAUUCCCCAGAUGCAGACGCGGCUCUCUUCCCUGCUACCCACCCCUCCCCAAGCCCUGCCACUCACCCCAAGGCACCUCAGGGUGAACCCCAGAACGCACCUCAAAACGCACUUCAAAACGCACUUCAAGCUCCCUCUCAGAAUCCCUUCCGCCCUGCUCCCAGCCCGCGCACCCAUCGCCGCAUCUCCUCCUGGGCAGAAGGGGGCGGCGCGGGCCCAACUGCAUACGUGCUGCGGCGGCCAUACAGGGAUUUGACUCGGUUCUAUGAGGUGGGGGAGGAGGAGCUUGGCGUGGGGCAGUUUGGGGUGAUCCGCUCGUGUGUCAGCCGUGCGACGGGGGCUCUCUUAGCAUGCAAGACCAUCAGCAAGCAGAAAAUCGAGAUGGGGGAGGAGGAGCUGGUCGUGGGGCAGUUUGGGGUGAUCCGCUUGUGUCUCAGCCGCGCGAUGGGGGCUCUCUUAGCAUGCAAGACUAUCAGCAAGCAGAAGAUCGAGUCAGCAGAAGACGCGGAAGACGUGCGAAAGGAGGUGGCGAUGCUGCAGCAGGUGAAGGGACAUCCGAGCAUCAUUGAAAUACAUGACUCAAUGGAAGACCCUCGGCACAUCCACAUCCUCAUGGAGCUUGCUAGAGGCGGGGACCUCUUCGACCGCAUCAAACAGCGCUGGAGCAAGCAGAGCAAGGAGAGCAAGGAGAGCGCACACAAGCGCUUGCUUGGAGGAGGGAGUGUGGAGGGGAGAGUGGGGUUUUCAGAGGAAGAGGCGGCGGUGGUGGUGGUGCGAGUGGUGGAAGCGUUACAGUACUGCCACUCGCAGGGCAUCAUGCACCGGGAUGUGAAGCCGGAGAACGUUUUGCUCAUGAACCGGGAUGACGACACGUGUGUCAAGCUGAUUGACUUCGGCGUCGCGGCGCGGUUCCAAGAUGACGUACCUCUCACGGAGUUUGUCGGCACGCCAUACUACAUGGCACCAGACGUACUGGCAGGCUGCUACGGGCCCGAAGCUGACAUUUGGAGCGCCGGAGUUGUGCUUUACACUCUCCUAUGUGGCGCUCCGCCUUUCUUUGCUGACACUAAUGAGGAGAUUUUCCAGGCGAUUCGGGAGAGGCCUGUGAAGUUUAAAGCUGCCCGGUGGAAGAAAGUUGGGGCAGGGGUGAAGGAGUUGCUGAAGGGGAUGCUUGAAAAGGAUCCGGCAAAGCGGAUGUCUGCUGUGGAUGUUCUUGGGCAUCCAUGGAUACUAAUCCAUUCCAGACACAGUUGUAGGCAGGGUGUUAACAAAAAGUAA